AUGACACCAAAUCUCUUCCUCGCAACACAAACCCUCUUCUCACCCCACAAGUGGUUCAAAACGACCAAACACACACGGCCGGUCCGCACCACUGAACACUGGUCGUCCCCCGUACCUGGUCUUUAUGAGUAUAUUCCUGGGAGAGGAUGGUAUCUCAUCGCCACGGACAAAUCCCCUGCCGACUCCAAGGCCCCUGAUGGCACCCUGGAUACAGUCAAGAUGACGCAACCAGUACAAGUCAAGUACUCCAAAGUCCUAAAGAAACACCUUCUAGCCCCAGACUACGAGAUGCGGAAACGCCAUGGUCGGGUCAAGGACGCUAAUGGCAAGAGUGAAGAAGCCGGGUUUUUUAGACUAGAUGAUGGGAUUGCAUGGGUGAAGUGUUGGGAUGAGAAUGGAGAGUUUAUUCCGGGGCCGUAUAAACUCUGGACGAUUGAUAAGACAACUGGGGUUUUCAGACAUAUGGUUAAGGGUGAUGAUCCUAAGGGGAAUGGGGAAGAGAGAGAGGAAGAUACGCAACACCAUCACCGGAGAAGCCAGGAUUCCCGGAGCACACAGUAUUUCUCUGAUCGUGGCAGCCAGCGGGAUCCAGGGAGUGUGCCUAGUACCAGGGCGAAUAGUAUACAUGGACUGACGGUCAGCGCGUCGUCGUCGAAUCCCGGAUCGAGAGCACCGUCGAGACCGUCGAGCCAGAAGGGGAAAGACAGUCCGAAGAUUCCGCUGAGUGAGGCUACGACGCUGCUGAAUCCGGUUGCGGCGGAACAUGCUGCUGCACGAGCUAGUGCGGUGGGAGAUUAUGAAAGAUUGUGCCCAAGAGAUGCGAAUCGUGCAUAG